AUGGCCGGCGGGAAGGAGCCGAUCGAGGUGAAGUUCCGCCUCUUCGACGGCACGGACAUCGGGCCCAACAAGUACGACCCCGCCACCACCGUCACCGCGCUCAAGGAGUUCGUCCUCGCUCGGUGGCCGCAGGACAAAGACAUUAUUCCAAAAACUCUCAAUGACGUGAAGCUCAUCAAUGCUGGAAGGAUACUUGAGAAUAACAAAACUCUUGCCGAGUCUCGAGUCCCAGUAGGAGAAGUUCCAGGAGUUGCAGCUGUGGUGUGCUCGGAGCAGUUGCCUUGUCAGCUUGUGCUGGACCGCGCCGGUGGCAGCCACUGGUCGGGCUGUCGACCAUGGCGUCGGUUUGGCUGUCACGUCGGCCAGCUACCAUCUGACUGA